AUGGCCAAAGGGAGACGCUUCAACCCAGCUUUAGAUAAGGAUGGAAGAUGGUUCCCUCAGAUUGGACUAACACAGAAGACACCAGAAUCCAGCACAAGCGCUAUGCUAAAGGAGCCCCACCACCCACGGUUGUCUCGGCAAGUGGAGGGGAAGCUACCACCAAUCUACAAGGUUCGGGAGAAGCAAGCAGUAAAUAACAACUUCCCCUUCUCUGUACACGACAAUCGGCACAGCCUGCAGAGCUCGGGGUGCUACCUGGACUCAGGCCUGGGACGGAGGAAGAUCUCCCCAGAGAAAAGGCAACAUGCUUCAAGAAAUUUCAAUCUCUGGGCGUGUGACCAUGUUCCAUCUUGUCUUGACGGUUUUUCAAAUAACCAAAUAUCAUAUGUCUAUCGAGAAGUUGUGGUGCUCCCAAUUUUCAGACGCUUCCCAAGACAUUAUAAUGAGAUAUGGAAGUCUUUUAAAAUUUAUUCCUCGGAAAAGUUAUACAGAGUUUUUGAAAAAGACUCCAAAAGUAAGGUUUGCUAUUGA